AUGGGUAAUUCAAAUUCAUCUCGUAAUUCAUCUCGUAAAUCAUCUCGCAAUAAAAUUUCAAAGAAAAAAUCCUUACAAAAGUUAAACAACUCUGAAUCUACAAAACAACAACAAACAUAUGAUCCAUCCUCAAGUUUUCAAAUACCAAAGAAUGAACAAGAUAUUGACAGAAUGCAACUUGAACAUUUUUUAUUCCAACACAUCUGGCAAUGUUGUUUUUCUUCUCCAAUCGAACAAAUACUUAAAGCUGGUAAUGCAAAAGUAUUAGAUGUUGGUUGCGGUCCUGGGGCUUGGCUCUUAGGUACAAGCCUAAAGUAUCCAUUAACUCAAUUCUAUGGAAUAGAUAUCGCACCAGUAUUUCCUAAAGAGAUAAAACCAGAGAAUUUAGAAUUUAUUCAAUCUGAUAUCGCUAAUGGUAUUAGAUUUGAUGAUAAUACUUUCGAUUUUGUACGAAUGAAUCUUUUAUCAACAUCUCUUCAGGAAGACCAAUGGGCUUGUGUUAUAGAAGAGUUGGUACGAGUAUUAAAACCUGGUGGUUAUAUUGAAAUAAUGGAACCUGAAUUCCAAUUUUAUAAUAUCGGUCCUUAUUUUUCAAAGUUGAAUUCAAAUUUGGUAGAUUUUAUAUCAUCAACUGGUGCCAAUAUUCACAUAACGCAAAAAAUCGAAUCAAUUCUCAACAUGCCGAAUUUCCAAACCUCAUCUCAAACAGAUGUAAAUCUAUGUAACACAUUGUCAAAAUUAACAGAUAUCCAUACAGAUACACGAACAAUUCCAAUAGGUGGUGUACAUGGUGGUAAAAUUGGUAAAAUAUAUGAAGAACUUUUAGGAAUGUACUUUGAGAACACCGUUCUUGAUAUAUUACCUUGGUACAUGGGAACUAGUCGUGAAAAUUAUUUGGAAUUGUGGAAACUGUGUCAAGAGGAAUUUAAAAAUUAUGCAAGUUUUACAAAUUUAGUUAAGUUUUGGGGAAAGAAGGUUGCUGAAUGA